CCAACUUCAUUGCAUAUAGUCAUAGUUAUGAUACCUGUGAUAAUUUACUCUUGACCAGACGAAAAAUGGCGAUGUCGUUACUCACAAAACGCGGCAAUUGCGACGUCUUUAAAAGUCUAUAAUAAUUUCACGUAAGGUCACGUGGUGGCGUUACCAUAACAGCCGAUUCUGUGCAGCUAUCAAACAGCUAGCAUUUAGCUAUCAGUCCUGUUGUUUCAGGUUGUGGUGUUUGACCAUGGCGCCAAAGGGUCGGAGACAGGCGACGGGCAAGGGAAAGAAGUCGGCGGUGGUGGACGCUGUGUCCGCUGAGGACAUGUCCAAGGACCAGCUGGAGGAACACAUCAUACGUCUGCGGGAGGAGCUGGAACGUGAGCGUGAGGAGAGAAGCUACUUCCAGCUGGAGCGUGACAAGAUGCAGGCCUUUUGGGAGAUGAGCAGAAGGGAGGUGGAGCGGGCAAGAGACACACUGAGACACAAGGACAGGGAGAGGGGGGAGGCUGAAGAGCGCCACCGAGUGGAGAUCAAUGUUUACAAGCAGAAGUUGAAGCACGUCUUGUCUGAGCAGCAGGAUGUCAUUUCUGAGAUCAAGAAUGAUGCUGCAGCUGCCACCACACUGGACCAGAACCAGAAAUCCGAGGCUGAACUGGACCUGCGCCGACUCAUUCAGGCCCAGCAAGCCAACGUCAGAGAGAAGAGAAGCCAGGAAGCCAACAACAUCAAGGAGCUGAAACUGGAACACCAGGUGGCGCUGUUGGAGCUCACCAAUGAGUAUGACCGUAAACUUGCAGAAAUCGAGCAAAAAUACCACAAUAAGAUGCAGCUCAUGGUGGAGGCUGAGGGGAAAAGACGAAGGGCAGAAGUUAUCGAGGUUGAGGACAGGAUGAACGGCCGCAUCCUGGAGCUGACGGAAAAGCAUGAGCAAGCACUGCGGGGUGUGGAGGAGUAUUAUUCCAGCCUGCAGACCAAAGCACUGGCAGAUGAGAAGAUACUGAAGGAGGAGGUAGCAGAGGUGCAGAAGCAGCUGUCCAGAGCACAGAGCGCCCUGUCUGCUGCUCAGCAGCAAAACAAGCGUCUGCGAGCUUCCCUCCAGGAAAAUGAACAAAAUCUGUCUGAGCUCAAUCAGCAGCUGCGAGACCACCGACAGGUCGCAGACGACGUGGCAGCUGCUGCAGCUCGAGCUAGAAUAGCCGAGAAGGAGCUGCGGGAGCUGACGGUGGAGCACGAGAUGCUGCUUCAGGCCUUUGAGAAGGUCCAGCAGGAACGUGAUGAGCUGCUGAAGAAGCAGACGGAUGUUGUCCUGGAGCUGCAGCAGAAGAGCGGGCUGAAGGAGCUGCUGCUGGAGAGCAAGCUGAAGGCUCUGACGCAGACACUGGAGAAGAACCAGGCUCAGCUCUGCAGUGCACUGGCAGCCACUGCAGCUGCAGCUGCCACCACCACCACAGCAGCAGCAGCAGGCCAGACCACAGGAUACAGAGCCGCCCACAAACUGGAGGAAAUCUUGGCUUCCAAACAAGAUUCAAUAGAUGCUGCGCAGGAAGACUUGGCUCGAGAAUGUCAGGAGUACGACCGUCUGCUGCAGAGCUGCACAGAGACCCUCAGUGCCCUGAAUGUCCCCUGUCACAACCUCCUCUCAGCAAAACAGAUCCUGACUGGGCCUUCGCUUACAUUACCCAGCUGACAGCAAAACUCAACUGUGACAAAACUGAAACUGAAAGAAACUGAAAGAAGACAACAUGAUCUCAAUGGAUUUUCAUCAAUAACAUUUAUGGAAUGAUUAAAAAAAUGUUCGUUUCUGUGGUUAAAGAGUGUCUAGAUUUUUUUUUUGAUUUUUUUUUUGUGACCCACUAUUGAAGUAUCAAGUAUUGAAUCAAGUUAACCUGGUCACCUCACAUCUGUGGAUUUAUGUCCACAUAAUCACAUGUGGAUUUAUUUGAUCUACAAGUACAUACGACUGUAUUUGUCACAUGAACAAAAGAAAAACCUGUAAUAUUAUAUUUUUCUUAAAAAUGUUUGGUUUAUUUGUACAAAAUAACAUCUGUCUGUGGCAGGAAUCGUGGUAAAAAGUGUCAGAAAUGUUCAGUUUUGUACAUUUUUGCAUUCGUCGUGGCUUAUAAUAAAAACAUGGCAAUAAUGCAGAAAA